CAUCUGCAGCAGUAGUAUUAGCAGCAGCAGCGGCGGCGGCGGCGGCGGCAUGAACAACAUCGGCAGCAACCACAUUCAACAGCAUUUCACAUCAAAAACACAAUAUGAUUUCACUGCAGUGGUUGGAUUACAAGGAGGAUGGCUUACGUAGGACUUCGUUUCGAAACAACCUGAAAGUUUGGUGAAAUUAUUAUCGACAGGGAAAGACAAAAAAGAAAGAAGAAGGAAAGGAAAAAAGUACCAUAAAUGGAUACUUUACAUACGGAAUCGAUGAAGCAGAAAAUCUAAUAAAUAGUAAAAAUAUAAUUAAAAUUUUUAAUGAACAUAUCUUACUCAUUGGUAUACAUGUAAAAUUAUUACAAACAAUUAUUUAAAAAAAUACACAAGUACGGUCUAAAUGAACGACGUACACACAAACAUAUACAUAUCUACGUACAUAUAUGCGUGCAUAAAUAAAUAAUACACACAAACACACACACACACACACUUACACACACACAUACACAUAUACGUAUAUGAAUAUAUUUACAUAUUUAUGUACUACAUCAACAUUUCUGAUACUUGUGACCUUAACAUAAGAUAUUUAUAACCCAGAGUGUUUGACAUUGUCUUUUCGAAAGACAUCGUUCAUAAAGCCAUUACUAACGACACCUUUUGCAAAGACAACAUCAUCAUUAUCAUCUGCAUCAUCAGCAUAAUCACUAUUAAACCAAUACUACCACCGCAACCACCACAACCCACUACAAUUCACUACAAUCAGAAUUAACGCCACCAUAACCGCUGCCACCAUCAUUGCUGUUAUCAAAAGCGACCAGACGAAGAAUAAGUACAUGAGAGUUCGAUAUAAGUACGGAAUAUAUUGGAAUGAAAUUAUGUUUGAAAACAUAAAUGAAAAUAAAAAUAAAAAAUAAAAAAUAGGAAUAAAAAAAACUGAAAUAAAAAAAAUAGUAAUAUCAUAAUAAAAGACUUGUUAAUCAAGGUAUGAACUGUCGCUCUUGGGAUUCUGCAGAAUGGUUCACCUUGUAAAUUGCACUUAUUACGAGAAGGGUGCGUUGCAAAGACGUUUGUGCAAAAACAGCAAUGCAUUCUGCUGCGGUCCUCUCUCGUCACGUCACUGCUCCAGCGCCGCCUGCGACUAUGUGGACCAAGGCUCCGUUAUCACACCUUCAGUUGUCAAGAUGGUUGUUUUUCGCAACACCAGUCCAAGUUAACGGGCAUUUUGGGUUCUGGAGUAUUCUUGGAGUUCUUUCUGGAAUUGGUGCCCUCAUCAUUGGGAUUACAUACCUGCUUUGUAGAUUUAAGAAACCUACAAAUCAAGUUGCUGAUCAAGACAGAGGAAUGUUAUCCGACACUUUUACACAGAGGACAGAAAUCCGAACGGUUCUAUAUUCUCUAAACCAUGCACAGUAUCACUGCAUGCAACCAACACCAAUUGUGCAACUGCAAACCCGGAAUGAGACUACCACGCCGCCGGAUACUGGUCCAAAGGCGACCAGUAGUACCGCCACUGCAAACACUAGGUCUUCAUUGUUACAACCACAAUCCUCCGAUCGCUGGUCGGGUUACGGGUCAGGAGAAUCCGUGCCUACCAGCGACACGGUCGUCUCCAGCGUCAACACCACUGCAGUCACACCCAACACCAUCACCACUACGGACUUAAAGACUGAAAAUAAUAGAAGAAAUUCUACUCUAAAGAUUUCUUUGUGUAGAAAUUCCUUGUUUAGGAAACAGGAUGUUGAAGAAGUAGUCGUAUAAGAAAUUAUUUCAUAAAAGAGAAUGAAAAAAAAAAAGAAAAAAUAGCAGAAACAAACAAAACGUUUCAAUAUUUGCUGUUAUUUAUUUCCUACUCUUUUUCUUCUGUAUUCAUACAGAAGGAUAAAUUGUGAUAAAUUAAUUGACAAGCUUCUGUAAAUGAAUCCAAAAGCGCAGCGGAGACAUGCAAGUACGCACAAACACAUGAAACAUACAAUCAACCAGAUCAAAUUAGAGAUUGCUGGGUAAAGGCGUCUCUCUCAUUUUUUUUGUCCCCAGUUACUAACUCCCUGGCAUACGAGUUGCAUCUAAAGGAUCUUCCUUGUUUCUCUCCACAUGGAUGGGUUACUGAGCAGUUAGUGCGACUGCAUCUGAAGGCCUUCCGAUACAGUAGUGGUUGACCUACGGGUAACGAAACUACGUCUACCUUUCGAAAUAUUAGUGACUGAUUUACGGGUAAGAAAGCUAUUAGCUACCCCAUUCAACAUCGGAAACACUAUAUUAUAUACAUGCUUCUCUGAUAUACAUGUAAAGAAUAUAUGCACGUGUGAUUUGAGGAGCUUCAGCUCGACUGUUCGGCGUUAGCUAUUGGUUGUUGCUCUACAGCAUUUUAAUCUAUAUAUUCGAAGCGACUUUAUCUUCAAGGGAUUUCCAAUUUCUUACCCCAAAACAUUGUUUUUUUUUUAAUAAAAAAUGAGAAAAUGAUAGUAUACAUCUCUGCUUUGGCAAUUUUUCUUUUUUAAUUGUUAUUUUCCCUUUUUCUUUCCAAUUUUCGCUGAAUUAAAAAUUAUUGCAUAUUAAAAACUUACAUCUUAAAAACUGAAUGACGCAAAUCUUUUGGAACGAAGUUUUACUAUUGUGUAAGUGCUUUCACUGCUUGAAGUUUUUCAUUUACACGUGAUAUGGGGGUAAUCUGCAUAGAGGAAGUUGUUUUUAGCAACAGUGUUGACUGCAUAUGUGAGGAUGUUUGUGUGUGCACGUAUAAGUAUGUAUGUAUAUAUUUUAAUUGUUCUCCAAGCUUUACAAUAAAAUCAUUUUCCACCUUU